AUGGAGUUUCGAACAGUUGAAGGGACCAAUAUGGUUCCUGGAACUGUCCAGAUAGUUGACCUGAAGGGGUCAUUGAAUGUGAAGCACCAGGAAGGGGGAAAGAAUGAUAUUAUUCUUGUACCCCAGCCAACAAAUGACCCAAACGAUCCUUUAAACUGGAGCAAACUGCGCAAAGAAUACCAUUUCUGGUUGCUCUGGAUAUGGGGAUUCAUUGCAGCAGUCUCUGUUAACUGGACACAACUUACAAUCGAUUUGAACACCACAUUCAGCCUUCUGAAUGUUUCAUCGGCCCUCGGGUAUUUAUUUCUCGGCAUAGGCUGCGUUUUGCUUCAACCGAUUGCUAUGAAGAUCGGCCGACGUCCAGUAUAUAUUUUUGGUACCCUCCUUAAUAUCAUUGGCUGUAUUAUGGGGGGUGUUCAGGACACGGUCGAGCAAUUUUUUGGAGUUAAUGUUUUGACAGGUUUAGGGGCAGCUCCAGUCGAUUCUCUUGUGCAAAUUUCUACUACAGAUAUCUUUUUCGCACACCAGAAGGGAACUAGGCUGAGCUUACUUGUCUUCACUCUGUAUGCAGGAUCAUACCUGGGACCAGCUGCAGCAGGUUACAUUGCCGAAUCACAGGGAUGGCGUUGGUGUUUUUGGUAUCUUACCAUCUUCUUUGGUUCUCUCAUGGUCAUCCAACUAUUCACCAUGGAAGAGUCGAGCUUUCGACGGCCACUGUCAAGAAACGAGCUCCCAGGUUCGCAGGACACAGACCAAAAUACACUGGAAGAGAUGUCCACAACCCUCGAAUCAAAGAGGAAAGAAGCAACGGAGAAUGUUGAACCAGCACCAGAUCCCGUUCCGCCUGGACCCAAUCCCUAUUGGAAACGUAUGGGUCUAUUUAAUACUGCUCAUGCUGACUCUAGGCCAUUAUGGUUGGUAACUUUGAGCCCCUUUACCCUAAUCACAUACCCUGCCGUACUAUGGGGAGGGCUUGUGUACGGAGUCCAGAUAAUGUGGCUCUCCUUGAUAACCGUCACCCAGUCGAAUUUGUUUGGUGCACCGCCCUACAACUUUAGUAUAUCCAACGUCGGGAAUAUCAACUUUGCAGCCUUCAUCGGUGGCAUUCUCGGUAUGAUGUGGGGUGGCUUUGUCUCCGACUGGUGUAUUCUAUACUUCUCCCGUCGAAACAAAGGCAUACUUGAACCAGAGUUUCGUCUAUGGACUAUGAUCAUACCCGCUAUUGUUAACACAGCUGGACUUUUGAUGUACGGGCUUGGAGCUCUUAAUGGCGUCAUGUGGAUUAUGCCAGCUGGCUUUGGAAUGGUAUUCAUUGCAUUUGGUAUUGGAAGUGGUGCUGCUAUUGCUAUUACCUACGCGGUUGACUGCUAUCCUAAGAUGGCUUCGGAAGCAUUAGUAUUCAUGCUCUUCCUAGGGAAUUUGAUUGGAACUGGCUUUACAUUUGCUAUCCAGUGA